AUGGUCUCUGAAAUACCAUGUUGCUGGUAUUGUCCAGGUAUUGUUUGCCCAGCGGAUCUGAGUCUACGAAAGGAAUUCGAACAUUUUGAUGACUUGGGCAGCGCACCUUCGACUCCCCAUUACGCAAUUGAUGGCAAAACUCCUCUGAGCAAUCUGAGUUUUGCAGAACUUCAAAGACACAUCCACAAUCUUAAUUUACAGUUAAAACAAAAGGAUAUGUUAAUAGAAAGUUAUCAAAAAGACAUGGAAAAAAUGAAACAAGUAACCCGGUCAAUUAUAGAAUCUGGAGAUGCUAAAACCAAUGCAUCGUCGGUAAUGAUUGACACUACAGCAGUUAGAGAGAGUUCCGAUUAUUUCAAUUCGUAUUCCCAUUUCGGAAUACAUCAUGAGAUGCUUAAUGUCAAAAAAAUUAAAAUCGCCAGAAAUUGGAAUGAAAAAUCACCAGAUUUAAAAAAAAAAAUCACCAGAAAUAUUGAAAGUUGA